AUGUUUGCCCGACUUUCCAUACCAUCCCGAUAUUCAUCGUAUCAGAGUCUACGCGGCGAUCUCAGCGGCUUACAAUUCCCUACAUAUUCACAUUCACACUGGCGGGCACGACGAUGCCGGUGUCCUCACUCUUUAUCCAAGCCGUUGGUGCGGUACACCGUUCGACAUUUCUCCGCACAACGCCCUCCCGCGUCCUCGGACAGCGACAAGCCGGCACAAUUCGUUCGAAGAACUUUGCUUAGGGAAAACAUCUACACCUGGCCGAAUCUACUAACGGUAUCGCGUAUUCUUGCAUGUCCCGUGCUCGGCUGGUCGAUCGUGCACGACAACUUCCACCUUGCGACUGCUCUCCUGGCCUAUGCCGGUGUGACUGAUCUGGUCGAUGGCUUCCUUGCUCGCCGUUUCAACAUGGGCACUGUCCUGGGCACCAUCCUGGAUCCUGCCGCUGACAAGACCCUCAUGACUACUCUGACCGUGACACUUAGCAUGAGGGGUCUCCUCCCAGUGCCUUUAGCGGUCAUCAUCCUCGGCCGUGAUGUUCUGCUGAGUUUGUCCGCCUUUUAUAUCCGCUACACUUCGCUGCCGCAUCCAAAAACAUGGAGUCGGUACUGGGAUUUCUCCAUACCCUCGGCUGAAGUGCAUCCUACAGUAAUAAGCAAGAUCAACACUGCAUUACAAUUACUUUUGAUGGGUGUCACAACUAUCAGCCCCUUGCUGUCCCCGCUCGACCUCGGCUUUGCGUUGCAGGCAUUACAGUGGAUCGUCGCGACGACUACCAUAUGGAGUGGAGCCUCCUACCUCUUCACAAAAGACGCCGUACGCAUCCUAUCCGCAAAGCGCAAACCUCCGCCAUGA